AUGUCAGAGGAGUUGAUGUUCUCUGGCACGUAUAUGUGCCUUCGAGGAUUUGAAGGGGACGUCAUCCUUCUGAACUCAAUUUUUUGGAUGCUCUACACUGUUUGGGAGGUCCUCGCACUGUGUCUUUCAGUCUGGAUUACUGUGAAACACUUCCAUUACCUGCGACAACUCGGCCCAUCGACAGGAUCGACCAUUGGGGACUAUUUCAGAGUGCUGAUACAAUCUCACGUGCUUUAUUUUGCAAGCUUUAUGUAUGUCUCUUGCUUCCAAUUUUCUGUGCUCUCUCCAGAAAUCUUGAAUUCAGAUUCUAGUAUUGCAAUUCAGAUACUCAGUGGUGCUCUUCCAAUUUUAUUGGUCGUGCAGAUGUUUGUGCUGGGACCACGCCUUAUCCUUAGCGUUCGAGAGUAUCAUGCAAAACUUACAGUUGACUCUGACGCAGAAACUAGCAUGAAUUCGAUUGUCUUCCAGGAACGUGUACAUAUAUCAACUAGCAGUAUUGUGUAG